ACGCUUCCGCCAUUUUGUUGUGUUGUUUGUUGGGUUUAACUGUAUGGGACGGGCGCACGUUGAGUGUCAUAAUGAUUAUUAUUUAAAAUUAUAAAUACUAUGUAACUAAUAGUGGACUAAAGAGGACGUUCAGUAAUGACUUGAUAUUUUAUUAUAUUAUGACGCGGGACGCGCAAUGCACAAAUAUUAGCUAACGACUGGCGGCCAGCCCAAUUUACAUAUCUGAUGUGGCAGUUAGGGAAGUUGACCUGCUUCAAAAUGAACUUUAACUUAAUGAGGGGCAUGUGACCAGUUAGCAAAAUAUGAGCUGUUGGAGCAUUUAGACACCAGGCUAUCUGUGGCGGCUCACUUGGUUGAUAAGUUUUGAAACUGCUUUUUAAUAGAGUUGCCUCAUGCUACCUCGGCAACAUCCAUCAACAUCAGCUUUGGGACCAUUAAAAUCUCCGUCCUCUUCUGAACCUAGAUCUGGAUAUAAUCAAAACACCGAGCAAAUAUGCCGUGAAUACAUCAGGGGCAAUUGCACCAAAUAUGGACAGUGCAAAUAUCGCCAUGAGCUCGAUACAAAUAGAAUGAAAGAGAUCUUACAGUUUUGCCACGACUAUCAAAACCGAACCGGCUGUACACGUAAAAAUUGUAAAUUUCUUCACGCCAGCAAGGAAGAGCAAAAUACGUUUCUCGCAACGGGGCAAAUCCCUCGCGCGCUAGCUGAGAAACACGCCGCCUCGGCCGCUGCCGCUUCCAACAUGCAAUCGAAUGCAGCUAAUGCGGAGACGAUUCCACAAAUAGCAAUGUUCAUCAGCGAAUCGUACAUGUCGCAACCGCCGCCCGCUCCCUGGCCGCCGCUGCCACCUGCGCAAGCCAUGCUGGCGCCGGUGGCGACCGCGCCGCCGCCGCCGCCGCCGGCGCCAUCGCCGCCUCGGUCACAGCACCUCCCUUCGCCCUCCGCUCCCGCGCCUGCUGUUUCCCAACUUCGCCCGGUAGCCACAGCUUACUCCGCAAUGCCACAACAUACAUUAUUCUCAAUAAACCAGCCGGCGGUUGUGGUACCGGAAAAGUUUGACCCGUCGAAGCCGCCCCCGCCGCUGCCAUCGCACAUGCAGCCCACUAACAACGGCCCCUUAAAAAGAAAAGUGGACACAAACGGAAACGCUGCAACAAGCAAGAUUCGGAAACCCGAUGGCCCUGAAGUGUCAGAGCAACGCUGCGAAUGCUGUGUCCAGCGAGAAUUAAGAAUUGACGGGUACAAGCAACAGAUGGAAGCCUUGCACAAUGAGGAAGAGACGCAAAUAUUAUUGUACAAAAAGAAACUACAGGAGUAUGAAAUUGGGAGAGACAUUUUAAAGAAACUCGUUGGCCCAGAACUGUUCGCUGUAUUUGACAAUCUGAUUGAGGGGGCCCAGGCACCACAGCUGGAUAAUUCAGUAUCUUUUAAUUCGGAUUCACCAACUGUAUCUAAGCAGGCUGUCAUACACCUAUUUAACAUGCUGCUCGGCGGUGGCACCAGAAACAUCAUCGAUCCGGUUCCCUCGACAUCCCAUAUGGACGAAACGUUGCAGUCCCUUACAAGACGGCAUAAUGUUGGCUAUUCUAACGCUGGACCAGACUUGAUCAAAUUCGUCACGGAUACAUUAAGAAGUAGUAAUACAGCAGAGAGGUCACCGUCAGUAGAAGAACGCCCAAGUGAACCGACGCUCAACAACAGAACAAAUGGCUAUUUAGCAAAUGGACAAAAACCUCAGCCUAGCACAAGCGAACCUGCAAGGUAUGGCGCGGCCGCUGGCUACGGCGGGGCAAGCGUGCAGGUGCCAGACUUCGGCGGGCGUGCGCACCAAGGGAUGCCCAACUACCCCGUAGCGGGCCCCAGCGGGUAUGCAGGAGCCCCUCCGCCCGCGCCGCCGCCCGCCGGCUACAUGUACCACCCGGCCGUCCCGCCACCGAACCGCCAUUACUACCCUCAGAACCCUGCUGUGUCCGGUACCGGGGGCAUGCAGUACAAUGGCACAGAGCGAGCGCCCGGCCCGGGCCCGGUCCAAGGGAUGCAGCCGCCUGCCGUGCCAGGAACGCUCCGACCGGCGGCAAAUGCCCCAAAUUACAAUUAUAUGGCUCGGUAUCCUCAGCCGCCUUACUUCCCACCUUACCAAUAGCCUCUGCAAUCCGCAAGGUACGUUGUACGAGCGCAGAACAACGCGAAGUCGCUUAGCGAAUUGCCA